UGAUACGCUUCCUGUCUUGAACACUAUUCGACUCAUUGUACAUAGGCUUUUCUCCCUUGGACUGUCGGAGAAUCAGCUUCGGUCUGAACGGUUCAGCUCAAUCUCGUUCCGCUCAACGAGACCCAAAGCAAACGCUCACCUAACGAUAAAAUACCCAUGAGCGCGCCGGCCGACUCGAUCCGCUCGGAACCACUGCCACUUGUCGAGCUGUUAGCAGCUGAAGAGUCCUUCAUCCCUCCUAGAUCUAUAGAGCCAUUGGCGACCACGGCUGAAGAUGUGGAUGGAUUAGAAUACAAGUCAGGGCAUGCGCCGUCCACUUUGCACCACCAACCGCAUGAUGGACAGUCGGAUGUGACCGACAGGAGUACCGUUGUACCGAUUGGAGAACCACCGUUGGGCGACGUUGCACCCAAGCUGUCCACAACGAGACGGAUAGUCAUCGCUGCAGCGGCUACAUCUGCUGUGUUUCUCUCAGCGGGUGGGAGUGUCGCUUUGAAUAUUGCGUUACCUACCAUUCAGAGGGAUCUAGGUAUGACGGACGGGGAUUUACAAUGGGUAAUCUCGGCAUUCUCUCUAACCAAUGGUUGCUUCCUGUUGCUGGCCGGACGCAUGGCAGAUAUUCACGGCCGGAAACUCGUUUUCCUGGUUGGUAUUGGAUGGUACACGCUAUGGACACUAGUUGGAGGAUGGAUGAAGGAUGGAGCGGGGCUGGUAGUAACUCGAGCUCUCGCCGGAUCUGGAUCAGCCAUGAGUAUUCCCGCUGCUGUCGGAAUCAUCGCCUCGAAUUUCGAAGGGCGGGCUAGAGCUACUGCAUUUGCUACUUUUGCUGCUGGCGCACCCGUAGGAGCUGGCCUGGGCAUGACACUGGGUGGACUCCUCGUGACUUAUGCUUCCACCACAUGGCGAGCCGUUCUUUGGGUCACAGCCGGGAUCGCAUUCGUCGUAUUCACUCUUGGUCUCUUUACAUUCCCAACCGAUGUCAUCACUACUACGGAUAAACGAUUAGAUUGGGUCGGGGCGGCACUCGUCACCGUCGGGUUGAUCCUGUUGCAGUUUGUCAUCUCCGACGGCGAGGGUGCUCCGCUAGGAUGGAAGACGCCUUACAUCAUCGCCUUGCUUGUCAUAUCCAUUUUCAUGCUCGUUGCUUUCUUCUUCUGGGAGAAGUAUAUCACAUCAAAGUCUACUCGUCCGCCUUUGAUGCGACUUCAAUUGUGGACCCGAGCGAAUGGUCGACUUGCAGCUGUCUACAUGAUCGGCUGUGUGUCAUGGAUGGGUUUCACCGCCCUAUCUUUCCACGCCACAUUGUUCUACCAGCAGGCUCAAGAGCUGAGCCCAUUACAAGCCCUGGUCCGGUUCUUACCCAUGCCUAUAAUGGGUAUCUUGUGUAAUGCCUUUGUGGGUAUUGUGAUCGCCCGAGUGCCUACCCAGCUCUUGGUUUGCGUCGGCAUCCUGUUGACAGGGGUAUCUAAUGUCUUGUUUGCCACUGCGCCGGUGGAUGGCUCAUACUGGGGUCACCCAUUCAAUGCUAUGUGGUCGACAGUCGUUGGAGCAGACUUUCUCAUGGCAACAGGCCAACUAUUUGUAUCUCGACUCGCAUUGCCUGAAGAGCAAUCUCUAGCGGGAGGUCUGUUCCAGACACUCGUCCAACUCGGAGGUGCUUUCGGACUCGCCCUUACAUCUGUCGUUGCCUCGGUAUAUCAGUCAAAAUCUCUUGCACAGGGCAAAUCCUCCAAUGUCGCGUUUGUGCAUGGACUACACGCCGCAUUCUGGUUAGGCGCAGGAAUGAGCUUUGCCGCUCUGGGUAUCGCGGUCGUAGCGUUGAGAGGCAUGGGUACGAUCGGCAAAAGUCAUAUGAAGGGUGACAAGGGGGUCAAGGAGGGACAGGAGCCUUCCCCUGUAGUGGACAACCCUGACGACGAAGAGAAGGGUUCAGAGGCCCUGGACCUGCAACCUUUGAGCAAGGUGUCGGAUAACAAGACACAGCCUUCGAUGCAGGAGGUUUGACCGGGUCGGUCGAUUUUGGGAUAUCUUAACUUUACAUCAUGUAUCAUACCUACAGAUGGAGC